GGAAGGGCCUGGGGGUCUGAGCUCUGACUGCUCUGAGCUACUUCCUUCCCCAUUGGCUCUGAGCAGCCUGUGCUCAGCGAGGGCUGAACGACAGGGGAGGCUCUAGUCCAUAAAAGGGGGGAUGAAGCACCAGAACUGGCGUUCUAAGGGGCUUUGGUAGUGCUCACAGCUCCCUCUCUGGCACCUCUCUGAGCUGCCAGUGUCAGGGCUGACACUGGAACUGGCCACCUGCAGCUACUUUAUGACCUGCCUUGCCAGAAGCCAUCCCGGGACAAAGCAGUGUGCAGGUCAUUUAUCUUCAGGUUUUGAGAUACGCUUGGAAGGAGCUCGUCAGCAGCCCAAGCCGGAAGAACUGAGAAGAAUGGCGUGGCAGAGGCUGGUGCUGACUGCCUGCCUCCUGGUACUGCCUUCUGCCACAGCAGAGUGCCUAUCCCAGUGCUCGUUGUGUGCUGUGAAGACCCAGCAUGGGCCCAAACCCAUCAAUCCCCUGAUUUGCUCUCUGGAAUGCCAGGACAGCUUGCUGCCCACUGAGGAGUGGGAGCGAUGCCAGGGCAUCCUGUCCUUCUUCACCCCCUCCAUCUUCAGGCUCAGGGGCCAGAACGGCCUGGACAGCAGGGCAGCUUUGGAAGAGGCCUACGGGGAGCUGGUCAAGCAUGCCAGGCCUUUCCUGCAGGAGCUGGGAAAAAGCGGACUCCUCUCCAGCACUCCUGCAAAGGACAAGCUCAGGGGUCUCUCUGGUGGGCUUGGGGAGGGCAUGGAGUCUGAGGCAGUGGGAGCUUCCCAGCUGAACAGCGGCACUGUGGAGGCUGGAGCUCUUGGUUUCAACGCGGACCCCGAGGAGCAGGUGAAACGCUAUGGGGGCUUCCUUCGAAAAUAUCCCAAGAGGAGCUCAGAAGUGGCUGGGGCUGGGGAUGGGGACGAGGACAGUGUAGGCCACGAGGACCUGUACAAACGCUAUGGAGGCUUCCUGCGGCGCAUCCGUCCCAAGCUCAAGUGGGACAACCAGAAGCGCUAUGGUGGUUUUCUCCGACGCCAGUUCAAAGUGGUGACGCGCUCACAGGAAGACCCCAAUGCCUACUCGGAAGAGUUUUUUGAUGUGUAAACGUGCCCUCAUCCUGCAGCUGUGUCAGGAGCUUCCCCUCACACCUUCCCACACUGGAGCAUACUCACUUCCCUCUUGUGUGUACCCUGUCCCCAUACCCAGCUCACCACCAUCUACAAAAUAUCCAAGCCCAGCUCAUCUCUGUCCCGCCUCAAGUGCACUAUUUACCUGGGGUCAAUGACAGAGAAAUGUAGAGGUUCCCCUCUACUGGGAUCAGUGCUGGGCUUACACCUCUACACUUCUAAACUACCACCACCAGCAGCAGCUUUGGAUAUCAGUCUUCUACUCAGUUUAAGUGACUCCCCAAUUCCAGGAGUCCAGAGUGAGUUGCUCUUUGUAGAUCUGUGAUGAUCAAGUUUUAUAGAUCAUAUGCCCCUCCCAGGAGAAAAAUGAGCACCCGCCCCAUACAGGUAGUACAUAUGUACCAUAAAACCUGCACAGAGUAAUAAAUUCAAACAAAAGAGAUAAACAUAAAUAGAAAUAUCAACAUUGUAUUCUCAAACCCCAGAUACCUCCUUAUGCACCCCACUUUGGUGACCAUGCAUUAGGUGAAAAGCCUGAACACUAGAUUUUAUUGGGGCAGGAAUUCUGACCCUGGGGAGCCCAGCCUUCUGGUAGACUAAAUGCUCAGUCUGUGUUCUCUGAGUUCUCAUCAUUUAGAAAUACAUCUCUUGAAGAGCCAAGCUAUUGAAUGCACAUUCAUGUUGGUACCCUGGACUGUGCCCACCUCACCGAAGAAGGAAGUGGAAACUUCCUGGGUGGUAGAGGGCUCUUCUGAACACUCAGAUGAUCACAGAGGGAGCAAAGCAAACCAAUUUGUUCUGUGUAACAAGCUCAGAAUGUGGACCAGUUCCCCCAGCCCUCAUUAAGCUAAUUAGGCGCAUUGGUGUCACACUUCUACCCCACGAUGAACUGAAGCAGUUGGGUUGAUGAGGUUAAACUCAGCCAUGUUCUGGAGCAGCUGAACUGGCUGCCAGGAGCCCUGCCAUCUGGCCCAGCAUAUGCACCGGGCAUUGGAUCAGGGAGUCCAGAGGCAGCGGCGUGAAGAGAGAGUGGCCCUCCUCAAUCCCCACGACAAUUCUUCCCUCUUAAUGCCUCCAAAUAAAACAGAAAGGGAAAUGAAAUGAUUGACUGUUUGAGAGCAAGUGAGUUCCCUUGAUUCAAAUAACCCAGAAUCAGAGGCAGAGACCUGAUGCCUUGGUUUCAAAGUUCUGUCACACCCUCUCCCUCCCUCCCUCCCUCUCUCUCUCUCUCUCUCUCUCUCUCUCCCUCCCUCCCCAAGCACUGCCGGGGUUUGUGGGACAAGGAGAUGGGCUGGAUAGGACAGGAACCAGACUUGAGUGUGGAUAAUUGGUGUAAGGUGCUCCAAGCACACCUCUUCCAGCCUAGCCCCCAGGUCUCUCAUUCUGAAAUGUAUAGAUUGUUCUAGGGUUGCUUUGUGUGCUUUUUAAAAAUUCCAUUUAUGCAAUUUACUUGGAAUUUGCUUAGUCUAUAAUAGGUCUGUGCAAUUUCCUGCUCCUCCAGUAUAAUAAAUAAA